UCGCGCGCGCGGCGAUGAGGCGGUCCUCUCCCGCGCCGGUCUCGCCGAGGUGAGGGAGCGCUUUGCGGGCGCGCCCCCCGCUGAGGUGGCGGAGCCGCGGGGCGCUGCGUGUGCGGGGCGGCUGGAGGCGGAGCCGCCGAGCCGAAGCGAGCUGAGGCCAGCUGAGCCCUGAGGCAGAUCUGCUGAUUGUGAUCGGGUGGUGCUUAGCCAAAGUGGCUUGUGGCUGCACUGAGUGUUGUGUGAGUCUCUUCGUGGAUUUGAUCAGCUGACAGAAACAAGGAACCCACGUGGAAGCCAGGAGGUGACUUUGCAACAAUGAGAUGCUUCAGCCCCUCACUGUUCAGGCAGUUCUGGGGGCUUUUGCCUCAGUAUGUAUCAGUGGGACCUAGUCGAAAUCCUAACCUCAGUCCCAAGCAGUCAUCUUUGAGGAAGAACUGCAGUGCAAGACCUAGGCUGAUGACCGCCCCUGAUGUGGUCAGCUACUGGCAAAAUGUGUUUGAAAAGAAUGGGAUCCCUGAAGCACGAGAAUCCAGUGAAUAUAUUGUGUCAUUUGUCUUAGGAGCAAAAACAUUUCAGAGCUUGGACUCCAAAAAACUCUGCGCUCCGCUUACAGCAGUGCAGCAGGAGCAGAUCCAGCAACUGAGCUGUAAGCGACUGGAAAGGUGCUCCAAUUCCUUAGUCAUCUUAAUGACCCUGUGUUGGAUUUGCUCCAGUACAUCCAUGCCUUUCCUGCAGUUAGGAGCUCAGCACUGGACACUGAGGAGUCUGGUCAGGAGUGACUUCACCUCAGUUUUUUCAGGAUUGAAAAUGCCAGUGCAGUAUGUACUUGGUGAGUGGGACUUUCAGGACCUGAAUCUGAAGAUGAGACCUCCAGUAUUUAUUCCUCGUCCUGAAACAGAGGAUCUCAUCUCUUUGAUUGUGGAGGAAGAAUCUCGGAAAUGUGAGGCGAAGAAUUCAGCCUUGUCAGUUGCUAUUCCAUCUCCUGUGAUCCUGGAGGUUGGCUGUGGCUCUGGAGCAAUUGCUCUGAGUCUCCUGUGCAAGAUACCACAGAGCCGAGUGUUAGCUGUGGAUAAAGAAGAGACUGCUGUGGAUCUCACAAGGGAGAACGUACAUAGGCUGCAACUCCAAGACAGGAUCCACAUCCUCCACCAUAAUGUUUCAUAUGGUUCUGCCAAACUUCUGCUACCUUGGGGCCCAAUGGACUUCAUAGUCAGUAACCCUCCAUAUGUCUUCCAUGAAGACAUGGCUUCCCUGGAUGCAGAGAUCCUCCGCUAUGAGGACCUUGAUGCACUGGAUGGGGGAGAUGAUGGGAUGAGAGUCAUUAAAAUAAUUCUGACUCUGGCUCCUUCUCUUCUGAAGGAUUCUGGGAGUGUGUUUCUGGAAGUGGAUCCCAGACACCCUGAUUUGGUGGAGGAUUGGCUAUGUGCACAUCCUGACUUGCUUCUCACUCUUCGUGCUGUUCACAAGGACUUCUGUGGCAAACCUAGGUUUCUGCACAUCCAAAAGCGAAGCAGGUGACAACUGUACCAGAAACAACGUCCUUUCUUGCAGUAAGCUUUUUUGCUGCUGACGUAUUCUGAGAUCAUCCUGCCCAUGGUGUGGAGCAUCAGGAAACCGAUUCUCGUCUCCCAGGCUAGAACUGCAGGAUGGUGAAGAAUUUGCAGUAUGGCAAAGAAGAGUCUACCGUCUAAACAUCCAGGACCAAUGCAAAUGGCAUGGAAAAGAGCUCAACUGUUCUUACUGACACUUCUGGCAACCUCACUGGACUUGUUUCUCACUUCACUGCUUCUUAUCCUCUUUUAAACAGUAUAACCAUCACAGCUGUCAGCUGGGAGGAUGAUAGUGCCUUGAGAGUUGGAAGCAGUUAUUGCUAUUCCUUUCUCUUUGUCUGAAUAAAAGAUGAGAGAAUGUGGCCUGAGAAGUGUUUGAUUUGAGGAGCCUCAACCUUCAGAUGUAGCAUGAGGGCAAUUUUCAGUUUGCAUCACUUGCAGAGUCAUUGCUAAAUGCUGCAGGACGUGGGCAUGCAAAAAUGCUGGGUGUGAUGGAGGAGGAGGAGGAAGUGGAGACCAAACCACUUUGUGAUCCAUCUAGAGAAGAUAUCUUGAGAAAGACUGUGGUCAAACAAAGCUGAGACUUAUAGGAGGGAUGGCCUGUGCUGCCAAGUUCCUGCUUUGCUAGUCUGAAAUGAAGUGCACAGGUGCAGAGCUGAGUGUCCAUAAGGUACUGGCUUUGUACAGGAGGCAAACUGAGCAUCUCUGCUUAAUGUGUGCAUGUCAGAGGGUGAAUGGAACCCCUUCUGCAAUGUGGAUGGCUUUGUGGUGGCCCACAGUGAGCAACGGUGCAGCAGUGAACUGAGCAUGGCACCCUGAGCAGCCUCGUUCCAUCAGAAGCACAGCACUGCUCUCAGUGUGGCAUAAAGAUGCUGCUUGCCUGAGUUCCUGUAAACACCAGUUGCAGUGCUAAUUGUGAGUGUAUGAGAGACAAAUGGUUUUUAGUGGGCUAUCUUGAGCAACUCUUAGUGAAAGAUUUGGAUUUCCCCUUGGUGCUAGCUGAUGUAGUUUCAGCUGCCUACCUGCUGCUUUCUUCCUGACAGUUAGCUUGUCUCCUAUGUUUGUAUGUGUGCUACAACGUGGGCUCUGUGGGGCACAGUGUGCUAUCAAGCACCUGCUGCAGUGGAGUCCUGAACCUAGCAGCCUGAGCUGCUACAAAAGCAGCGUUGCCCAGUGCCUUCUAAUGGCAAAAUCCUUACUGUUGGUCUGAAAUACACAUAGGUUUGUGUUGGGCUUUGAUGAUCCAGCUGUAAAUCCAGAGUAGGCAGCUGAAGUCUGACCUCAGUUGAAGUUGCCCUGCAUGCUCCAGCUGGGCUGAAGUUGGCCCACCUGGUGCUAUGCAGUGUUUGUGUUCCGUGAAACAAGGAUCCCCUCAUUGAUUUGAGCCUUUCCUUGGGACUUGAGGUUGUGAAGCUGGCAAGACUUUUCUCCUUUUCCACUGCCAUUCACUGAGGAUGACCUUCUCACCAUCCCUUUUGACUUUGAGCUUGCUGCUUCUCUCAAGUCCUCCUCUGACCCUUUGCAAGCCAAGCACAGCGUGUUUGUAUUGCCAUAGUGCUUAAAAGCUGUUCUCACAGGUUGUUCCAUCUCUCUCUAAGCUUUCAGUACUCAUUUCUCCUGCCAGUGUCUUGUGUAACUCUCCCUGUGCCAACACUGUUGGCUUCCAUGGGUGAAUUUCCUUAUGCUAGAUAAUUUGGAAUGAGCUUGUGACAGAAAAAUCCCACUCUAAAAUGCACUUUACUCCUGCAACGCCUUUCAUCUGAUUUUGUGGCUGAUGGGCUUUGCUGGGAUAAAAGUCAUGCUGCUAUAAUGUGUUUUGUUUGCAGAUUAAGGCUAUCCUGCACUCAAACAAGACUUAUUCAUUUAAUGUGUACGGACAGGAGGCACUCAGGCCCCUCAGGAGUUUUUGUACUUCAGCUUCCAGGUCAGUGAGUUUUUAGUCUCAUUUGUGUCAGCAGACAGCAGCCCUUUGUUCAGCAUCAUAACCUUUUCCGCCUCAGUGACACACAUGCACACAUUUGUGAUGCAGAUCCUGAAUUGUGCAAUAAACUCCAUGGAUAAGUUCCAUAAGCCCAGCAAAGACAUCAUCUGUCUUACUUCGGGGAUCAACCAGGUGCUCUAUUGACCAGUGUUGAAGCCAAGAUUGUGAAGGCAGUUAAUUAUUCAUUUAUUUUUGCUUUUCCAUCCAUCAUUGCCUAUGUGGUAAAGAAAAGGGGCACAGAUAGUGAGUGAAGUGUUUGUCUUUGAACAGGUUGCUUUUGUCACUUCUAAAAAUCAGGAUAAAUAUAUUAGUUAAGUAUUAUUUAAUUUAGCAACUGAAUAACAUCAUUUCUAAGAAGGGCCAGGAUGAGAAGGCCAGGAUAGGUCAUGAGCAUGAAGGGGCCUGAGUCAUGGGCACCGAAAUUUAAAGAUGAAGGCAUUUGGCUGUUGCUGGUACCCUGAUGGCAACAGUAACUGCUUGCAGCCCCAGUCUGCAACAGCUGGUGCCUGCUAGCAGGUCCUCUUCUCGUGCAGAGUCUGGAAAAGCAAGAAGUGCCUGGGAGGCACCAUCCUGCUGCUGAUGGUGUGCCCACUCUCAAGGAGCCCUCUAGGAGGUGUCUCAGUGGUGAAGAAACUCGUGUGGGCACUUCAAGCAUCCCAGCGUUUGUCCUACACAGGAGCAUGACACUUCCCUCAAGAACUGAGCUGCUGCUUUUCUGGCUGAAGGAGCCCUUUUCUGUGCUCUUCUGACCCAGCAGUGCCUUACUCCUCCACCAAAACUGCGCUCAGCCCUGAUGCACUCACGUCCUGCUGGGCCUACCCUCCCACAUCCUUGCUGUGGGUCCUUGCAGAGUCCCCUCCAUCCUGAUCCUCUCAGACUUUGUCCCUAACAAAAAAGCCCUGUUCAGGCUUCUCAAAAUUAAUAUGCAUUGCCCUAACUCAGAACUGCCACUUUCUGGGAAGCUCUGUCAGUCUAAAGCUUGUUUGUUCUUUAUUUUCCCCUUCUUUAAUCAGAAUUAAAUAGUUCACUUUUUCGAUUUCCCAUGAGAAGGCUGUAUCCCAGAUUUUGAUUUUAGAAAUGCUUUGCUCUGUGAUUUCUGAAUUUUCAUUUUGAAUUAUAUCCAUUUUAAGUUGUUGUACAACUCACUGCUGAUUUGCUAAGUAUGCACUGAUAGUCAUAGUAUGUGUACUGUGUAGGAAAACAUUCUUUUGAUUGAUAAGAUCAGCUGCUACAUAGUAGGAAUGAAACAUCUUAUCUUAUUCCCUAAAACAGGAAGUCCAUUGUUUGCUAUGUAAUGAAAGCUUGACGGGGCCAUUAUGACUCCCAGGAACAUCUUCAUCUAAGAAAGCAGGUAACAUUUUGUUCCGUAGUAUGAUGCAAUUUAUCUAAUCAUCUAAAAGAAGAUGAAAUAUUCCACAGCAACUGUCAUGUUGGGGCAAGGCAGUAAUGAUAUAUGUGGUAUAAAAACCUCCAGGAUAAAAUAUGUGCAAUUUGGAUGUUCUGAAAUAGAGCUUCUGAGCUGCCAGAAGCAAAGCUGUUCCAAGUAGCUUUGGCAGGAACAUUUAUAUCAAAAUCAAUGCUCUUUAUAAAAUCAAACAAAUGUCUUCUUAAAAGAAGCUUUUCCCAUCAGAAUACUUUGGUGGUGCUUUUUUUUUUACUAGUUGCCUCUGUCCCUGUGAAGGUAGUGAGUGUUUGUUAUGCAUCUUCACACCAUGAAUACAGAGUACUUAGCUUUCUCAUCAGGACUCAAACCCAAAUCUCCAUAGUGAAAGUCCUAAAAAUUCCUUCUUUGCACAAGCUGCUCUUCUCUGGCUCCCACACAGGCGCAUGCUGUUCAAGCAGCUGCCAUCUUUCCUGCCUCUCACACAGGCAAAGGACAGUGUGAGCUUGCUGAUGGGCCUUUGCCAUCCCGCUGCUCUCCCUGCACAGGGCAAAUAGCAAACAUAGUCAUGCCUCUUUCUCUUUGCUGAGGUGCUGCCCAAACAAGCAGUGCAGAUGUGUUCCAACAAAACAGGGGAGGCUGGAGCAGGGGUGAUAGCAUAUGUUAACUGGGAAGCUUCAGAAUUGUCAGUUGCCUAGUUUCCUUCCCUGUUACACUUUACAUUGGAAGUGAUGCCUAGCGGAUGAGCUUCUGUUGCUCAUGUGGAGGAGUGUUUCUCUGGUUGCCUUUCUGCAGUAAUCACUGCAGACAAUGGUGGGAGGCUACGGGUUGGGAAACCAAAUUGUAGUGUGGCUCACAGCACAGGUGAAAACUUUAUCAAUCUCAGAUGAAAUCUGUGAGGUUGUUAUGCCAUAUAGUUGAAACAAACUGAUACUGUAGAGACAGAUUACUUGUUUGUCUUAAGCAAACAUUUGCUUUGGGAGUAGCAUCCACGGUAGAAGAGCAGUUCUGUGAGGGCUGUGGCAUGGCAGAGGAUUGCAGUGACAAUGUACAGUCCAGACAUCAGUAGUAACAAGAUAUAAAGUAUUUCAGCAGAGAAGCAGGAGACAGUUAGCAAUAUGCUGCCCAAACCGGUCUGCCUGUAGCAAGGCAGCUGCCAUGUUCAUCCACACUGCACCAAUUUAAUUUUUUUUUUUCAUUUUUAUUAUUGGUAUCAGUGGGGGAAAAAAAAAAAAAAAAAAAAAGCCAUACCUAACAGGGAAUUCUAGGCUCUCCAGAAGUCAGAAAUAAAAAAAAGCUGACAGCUUUGUUGCAGAUGGAGAGAUGAGAAGAUGAGUGGCAGUUCCUGAGUUAUUAUAGAACGGGCAGAUUUUCUGAGCUGGUUUAUGCUAUGCAGCCUUAAGGCUGUUAUUACGGCAAGGAUCUGGGAGCAGCAUAUGAGGGCAGGGUAUGAGGGCACUUCCUGGAACCGUGCCACUGAAAUAGCACUGGGCAAGUUCCCAUGAGCGUGCUCAUCUGAUUUUUAUGUCCGCAAGACAACAAGAUGUCCCCAUUCGCAUCAGUUCGCAGAACUAGAUUAAGGUUUGGAGAACAGAGGAAUUCUUUGUUCCCUAAGCUAAGAUCUGGGUUUAGCUGCAUUCAAAUUGAUACUUUAUGCAGGUAUGAGAAUGCCUUUGCUUGUUAUUAACCUGUGCUCUGUGUGUCAUUUUUGCUCUCUGUCUCUUUGUGCUCAAAGCGAGCCUUGGAAAGGCCAGGCUAAAGGCUGCGAUCAGAGACAUCCCAGCUCAGGUUACAGUAACAGAAACUGCAGGGAAACCCCAAUGUAAUGAAAUCAGCAGGAUUUUUCCCCCUGAAUAGGGAGCUGGCUAUUCGUCUGUAGGGACACAUGGGGACAAGUGGCCCACAUUAAAAAAAGAACUUCCCUGUUGCUUGAGGCAACUAGGGAGCUUCAGUGGAUGUAUCUGGCCGUUUGGGAUGGGUGGUUCAUCUGCGUCUUGGAGCUCUGGAGUCUGGUUAAAGGCUGCGUAGUUCUGAGUCAGACAGAGGUCUUAGAUUUGGGGCCCUGAUGGGGCACUGGUCCUGGCAAUGUUGGCUGACCUGUAGGAGGUGCAGGCAAUUGGUGGUGAGCAGAAAAGCCUACCAGCAGGGGAACGAGGCCCAGGAGAAAUGGAACUGGGGGAAUCUUCUGUGAGAAUCUGCUGCUUCAAAGUCAGGGAGCAGAGCAGUAUAACUAGUCCACAGUGUGGGAGCUCUGCAGGAGCACAGAGAGACACUGGGACCAAGUGCAAGCAGCAGCUGGGAGUCUUGCCCACACAGGAGCCAUCUGCCUUGGGUGCUAGCAGAGUGAGAACAGGGAAAGAGCUGGGUGCUAUGAAGGCAGCUGGGCAGCAGAGGAACUUUGAUAAGGGAAGAAACAUGAUGGAUAAGUAUUGGGGCUGAUGUAUUUGCAGGGGUGGUUUCAAGGAGACUGUCCUGGUACAAACAGGGAGGUUUAAAACCAAGAUUCAAGAGUGCUGGGAACACUGUGUAUGGUUCUGUCAGUAAAGUAUGCUUACAUAGGAGCAGGUGCAGAGCAGGGCUCAGAGGGUGAGUGAGGGCCAGAAAGCUCAGCAGAUGAGAGAAAACUAAAAGAGAUCGGUUUGUUUUGCUUAGCAAAACAAAGACUGGAAGAGGAAUGUGAUGUCUCUCUGUAAACACUUCAUUGCAAAGUAAAUACUAGAGGGGAAGGAGAGGUCUUAUAAUAAAGAUCAAUACUGGCAGAAGGACAAAUUGGUACAAAUUUGCUAUUAAUAAACUUAGCCUGAAAAUUAGAUUUUGAGCCGCUAGAGGAGUGAGAUUUUGGAGCAGUGUCUCAAAGGGAGAAAUGGAAACCGAAGGAACCUGAGAAGCCUGCAGGAGCAAAGAAGGCAGAGAGUAAAUUAAAUCUCUGACGCAGUCUCAUUCUGUUUUAUGCAUGCCAGUGCUAUAGAUGGCCCAAUCCCCAGGUCUGGGCAAGAGAGCAAGUUGCAGCAGUCAGCAGCCGUAAUGGAGAACCAACAGCCAAGUUACAAGUCAGCUGCAGGACAAGGGGAGUUUCAAGGUAGCUGAGCUAUGCAGAUUGACAGCUCUGGCUGUAUCCCAGUGUUUGAGGACAGAGACUUCACCAACCUGGCUGAAGGUAGAGCCAUCUUGCAGAAGCAAAACCUGCAGAGUAGGAUGCAAUUGUAAACUUUCCAUCUCCACUUCCCAGCUGCUGUCAUUUUCUGUUCCCUUCUGGCACAGAUCUGUGUUGUGGCUGCAGUAAGGUAGCUUUGUCUGUUUCCAUCAUUCCUUAUAUGCUAUAUCUCUGUGUAUUUCUUUUCAUUAAGGAUUAAAAUAUGUUCUAGGACAUAUUUUGGGAAUGCCUACAAUUUUGGUGGAAACUUUUCCUGACAGCCUUUAGGCAUGAAAUUUCAGAAGGAAGUUUAGUAGAACUGCCUUUGUCAGAGAUGAUACUAGGACCCCUUUGCAAACCGUCUUGGUUAGGUUUGCUUGGGAGUGUGGGAAAAUGUUUUGGUUGAGAGAAAAUGAAGUCAUUUCUUGGGAGUGUUCUCACAACUGCUCUGUUGCCUUGGGUCAGAGCUGAGGAAUGCUCGCUUAUAUUGCAAGCUGAAGUUUUCAAGCUAGAAAAUGAGAGGAAAAUGCAAGUAGAUAAGCAAAAAUCAGCUAACUAAAACAAAAUAUUCAACCCUUAGUGGUGGCAUACAGAAAGGUAUUCCUAGAAAUGACAACAGUUUGGAACUGAGAUAAAGAAUGCAAGAAGACAAAAAUUAGAUGUUACUGGACAGAACCGUGAAUGAAGGAAGUAUGCAUGCAGAGCAAGUAUGUUUUUCAGCAUGCAGAACAAGUAUGUUUUUCAGCUCAUAAUGAGACGUGAACAUUCAGGCAGAGAAACAACUUACUUCCCCUUCCUUCUGGCUGCAGAUCUGGAGAGCAUCAGGGAGUGAUGGGCAAAAGCUGGAGGAACACUGUUGCCUGUUCUGAAAAAAGAAAAAUCUGUUGCUCCUCUGAAAUUUGCCACAGUAUCCAUGGUGCAGCUCUGCUGAGUUUGCUUUUGCAUAGCAUUUUUCUGUUACUAUUAGACUUUAGUUAUUUGUUCCCCUGCAUUAUCCUGGCGUAGCAAUAAAGCUAAGCAGAUCAUUGGAAGGCUGCCAUUAAUGGAUGGAGUUGAUGUAUUGGAAGGAUAUGAUGAGUAUAAAAAUUCCAUUUCCCAGAACAGGCUCGUAUCUGACGAUGUGAAGUGUCAUAGGUCUUUCAGAAGUGGCCAGUCUCCCUUGCCUGCUGCCCAUUAAAGCAUGUGGGUCUUAGAUUUUCAAAUGAUCAUGAGUCAACAGGGAAUUUUGUAGGGAGAAGGGAAACCUUGAAGGACCAACACAAGUGUGGUCUGCAGGUAACAGAUUUCCAUUCUCUCCUUUUCCUGCAAUACCUCCAAAAUGAAGUUAGAGACUCCUUAUCUCAUAAAGACAUGGGUUUUUUUGUACCAAGUUGUCCAAAACUGUUCAGUUACAAGUAUACCUCUGUUCCAGCCUGAGGAUGUUUGCCUGAGCAUUAUGAGGUGUUUGGAAGUAGCUUACUACAUGCUGAGAACCCCCACAAUCUUCUCUUUUAGUGAAUGGAGGAGAUGAAAAUGGCAAGUGCUGCUCACUAAGAAAAUAAAAGACUCAAGGACAAUCGUAUGACUCCUCCUUCUUCUAAGAACUUCCACAAAUUCGCUUGUGUGUUCUGUUUCAGUCUAAAGCAGGAGAUAGUUGGGACUCUCCCGUCUACAUACAAAUUUCUACUUCUUUGCUUUUGUUUUCCUUCCUUCUUCUGCCAUUCUUUCUCUUCUUUCCCUCACAGUUUAAGUGAAAUGAAAUACAUUUCAGUCUUCCCCUUUACCUGUGGCUGUGGUGAGGGUUAUUGCUAAGAGGUGGUUCUUAAGCCUUUUCACCUCUUGCUGCAUUGACUUCAGUCUGGCUAUAGGUAAUGAGGGGUGAAGUAUCGAAUCCUGCAGUGUGCACAUGAGCUCAGAUAGAAGAAGCUGGCUGAAUUUGGAAUUUGUUGCAGGAGAUUUAUUGAAAAGCCUAGCUAGAAUUUCCCUGUAAUGUGAAUGCUCCUAUUUAUAAUUGCCUAGAUUUUUCCAUCAGAAAAAUGAAAUCCCUGCAUAAUGGGUCUUUAUGUGAGAAGAUACAUUCACUCCUUCUGGUGCAUUUAGGGCAUCAGAACAACUCUAAUAAAAAAGGCACCCCACCUCCCGUCCUACCCUCCUAGUACCCAUUCCUGUCUCCACAAUUAGCUUGGCAGCUGGGCUUGCUCUUCGUGCCGGUGCAGCAUGUUUACUUGCGCUGACAUGGUUUCCUGCUGCCGUGAAGAAAAGGUUAAGAACUAAAAGCAGCUCUGCCAUCAUCCACAAGGCAUGAGGAGCCCGGUGCUGCGCCUGCCCUGCAGAAUUCCAGCACCUGAUGGACUGGACCUUGCAGCCUUCCGUGAAAGGCAAUGCAGUUCCAGGGAAUUAUAAAUACCAUUUGGUGAGGCCGAUGGGAGCGUGGUAGGACAGAACGCUGUACAUCCCUGUGAAUUGGUUCAAAACAAGUUGCUGUGAGCCUGUUCUCGAACUAAAUUAUAGUUGGUGCAAAAUGCAAUACGCCAGUAAGCAAACCUUGGCAAUUUGGAUGUGGAAGGCCUCCCGUGCUCAAAAAUGUUCAACCACUGCUUGCGGUUUUGUUGUGUGGAUGCAACAGAUGAAAAGAUGGGGCAGAUCGUGUUAGAGGAUAGAUCAAUAAAAUGAUGAAGAAGGUCUGCAGGAAAUGGGGAUUACCCUGUCUUUCUCCUUUCAUGGCUAGGUUCUGUUUUCUGUGGUCCUUGUAGAAGACCAUUUGGAGACAAUGUGAUGCCUCGCCAGCUAUGAGGUGGAUUUAAAUCUUAAUGUCCACGUUUCUAGGUAGGAUUAUGAAGUGUGCUAUUUCUUUUUAACGUUUGAAUGCAAGGGUGUCUGCAUUCUGCUGCCCAAAGUUUUGAUUUAAACAUAGCUGAAUAUUCCAGAAAGACAAAGAAGGAACACUGGUGUGAUGCAGCAGUCCAUAUUCAAGGCAGUAGUGCCAAGCUUUGGUGAGGGAAUCCACCUGAAGGAGGCUAACAUUGUGCAAUGCCCUGAGAAGACCCAUGCAAACCAGCAACUACACUGACCUUCCUGCUGAUCGUACUCUUCAGACCUUUUCUUCUGUGCUGCCACUGGCCAGAAGGAGCAGUGCUAAACCAUCCCUGCAAGUGGUGAGACAUUGGCUUCUCAUUUCACAGGGUUAGAAAGAGACAGUGUAAAAGUGAAGUUUAGCUGCAAAUAUGCCAUAUCACAAUGAUAUUUGUGAUAGACUUCUAACUUGUUAGCACAAAGGUGUAGUGCUCAUUUUAAGAACUUUUCCAGAGUGCUUGUAGCUUUGCCAUGCUUGAGCCAUUCAGAUGGACACCUGUAGGAAGUGUCUGACACGCAGCACACAGUGACCCGUUUCACAACCUUGGUCUGCAACACACCUGUAAUUUUCCACCUGAAUGCUGCUGGGAGGAGUUGGUGGGAGCGUGACUCAUGGCAAGUGACUCAUGGCCUGAAUGCCCCACUGGGAUAAAAUGUCUGCAGAGAGGGUUUGAAGGAUUACCUGCUUUGAUCACAUGGGCUCACGUGGAGGCUUGUCUCCAUCCUCCUGUCUGCUGACAGGCAUCUCAUUUAGAGGCAGCUGCUCACAUCCUGCUCAUGGCCUUUGCAGUGAUGUUAGCAGAAGGAUCUCCGAGAGAUAUAUUUACACUGUAACACACUGCAGCUAGGUUUAGGUUUAGUAUCAAAUAGGUUGGGUUCUAUGUUUUAUUCUCUGAAGUGACACCAAAAACAUGACUACUGAAUUAUUUGGAAGUGUUCUGUUUCUAAAGUCUGUCUGUUGGAUUCUGCUACUGCUCCUGACAAGAGCACCCACAACAGUUUGGGCACAGGCCCAGCUUGCAGUAGUGCAAAACUGUCUGGCAGAGAACAGCUGUCUUGACGUGGAUAUGAAUUAUUUUUUCACUGAUUUUUUCACUCCUUUCCUCACUGGCAGGGUAGCAGAGAGGCACAGUGCCACAAGGAAAAAGCAAAUGAAUCAGUUCUAAUUAGCAUGACAGUGCUGAUGAGGAUGAAACUGUGCUGGCAAAAUGGGGCAGUAUUAACUUUGCACGGAUUUAUUCCAAAUUUGAGCACUCUUUGUUCUCAUGCAAGCAAGGAGGAAGUGGAGAAUUAUACUUAAUAUUCAUUUUCAGUGUUGCAGUUAAUUGCAAAGUUCUCUGAAAUAUGAAUAUAUUUCCUUUCCUAGUGUUUCCCCUUCUGUUGAACUAAAUCAUUGAUUUCUCAUUGACUAAAAAAGGUCGUUCUUCACAGUAACAUUAUCUUCCCUUUUUAGUUGAAUUGAUUGUGCAUUAAUGCUAAUUUGUAAUUUUACCAAUGCAUUCCAUGUUGCAUUUAGCUGUUGUUGCAUCUUAAAUCAUUUGGCACUCUGUUUAUCCGUGUGGAAUAUCUGUUCCUUAGCCUGGUUCAGACUUGCAGAAGGCAUUUAUGUUUAUUAGGUAGCUGAGAUGAACAUUUUUGUUCUUUCUCGUCUAGUAGGAGGUAGAGAAUAUGAGAGAGAGUUUAUGAAAAAAUAAUAUGCUCAAGUACAGCUCAACUCUU